UGUACAAUCGCGUCGGUUAAUAGCAUUAUGUUAAAAAUCGUGAUUGAAAAACUUAAUACAAAUAUAUACAUUUUAAUUUUUUUUUUUAUUUCUUCCUUUAUCAUCGUGUAUACGGAUGCAAUAUUUAUACGAUUCACUUUUCAGAAAUGAUAAUGAUAGGUAGCUUCGAUGAUACGCCGUUGAUUUAUACCAUAGUGACACAUCCACGCUUGUUGAAGAUACAUUAACUCGCGCGCUCGUAUCGCGUUCAGUUGGUUUCGUUCAUUCGAGAGUUUGAGGAUCUCGAAAGCUUGGUGUCGGUUAGACGUGAAUUUAAACAAUCACUCGCAUGCUGUGAGUGACAAGAGUGAAAAUUAAUAUUCGCGCGCACUCUCGCUCUUUGUAGAGCUUUGAGAAAUAUAUAUAUAUACGAAUGGAAUACUUGUUGAAUAAACCAGGAAAAUAGUAUCUUCUUUCUCCACGACUAUUUAACGACUUACUUCUUUCUAACGAGUAAAUAAUUAACAACGAGAGAGAGAAAAGAGACAGUAAAUAAAUAAAUUAAAUAAAUAAACAAAUAAAAAGUGUAAAACCAUUAUAAUACGUCAUGCACGAUUUCUCGAAAUUGGAUGGUGACGAUGGCAGCCUGAAGCGGUUUAUGAAGAGAAAAGAUACGCAGGCAUUCCGCGAAAGGACUAAGAGAGAUGCCCUAAACGAGCUUCAGCAUGAAUUAGAGAAACUUGAGGCAACCGCGACAGGGGAUAUCAAGGAGGAAAUUCAUCGGCAGUUCGAUGGCUUUACUCAUCUCUUUCGACGAUUCCUCCAAGAAGAAGGACCUUCGUUGGAAUGGGAUCGUAUACAAAAAUUGCCUGACGAUGCGAUAAGAGAUUAUAAUUCCUUGCCAACUCCAGAAGGAGAAGAACUGAAAACUCUUUUAAGCAAGUUAAUCGUUAUAAAACUAAACGGUGGCUUAGGAACUAGUAUGGGAUGCCAUGGUCCAAAAUCUGUAAUAGCAGUACGCAAUGGACUUACGUUCCUUGAUCUGACGGUACAACAAAUUGAGUAUUUAAACAAAACUUAUAAUGCUAAUGUUCCGCUCAUUUUGAUGAAUUCUUUCAAUACGGAUGAUGAUACACAACGAAUUAUCAGAAAAUACAAGGGAAUAGAUGUUAAUAUUCAAACGUUUAAUCAAAGUUGCUAUCCUCGCAUCAAUAGAGAUUCUUUACUUCCAACUGCAAAACACUGCGAUAUUGCAGAUGAUAUUGAAGCAUGGUAUCCUCCUGGUCAUGGAGAUUUUUAUGAAAGUUUUCGAAAUUCAGGUUUAUUAAAAAAAUUUAUAAAAGAGGGACGUGAAUAUUGUUUUAUUUCAAACAUUGAUAAUUUAGGUGCUACUGUAGAUUUCAAAAUUUUGAAAUUAUUAUUAGAUAAACGUGAAGCUUCACCUCUUGAAUUUGUUAUGGAAGUUACUGAUAAAACUCGAGCUGAUGUUAAGGGUGGUACAUUAAUUAAAUAUGAAGAUAAACUACGUUUACUUGAAAUUGCUCAAGUUCCAAAGGAUCAUGUAGAUGAUUUCAAAUCAGUAAAAACAUUCAAGUUUUUCAACACAAAUAAUUUAUGGAUAAAACUUAGCGCUAUUGAAAGGGUACUUGAAAAGAAUUCUUUGAACAUGGAAAUUAUUGUCAAUAAUAAGACUUUUUCAAAUGGUUCAAAUAUCAUUCAAUUAGAAACAGCUGUUGGAGCAGCUAUGAAAUCAUUUGAAGGAAGCAUUGGUAUAAAUGUCCCUCGGAGUAGAUUUUUACCAGUGAAAAAAACUUCAGACUUAAUGCUUGUUAUGAGCAAUUUAUACACUCUCCGCAAUGGUUCAUUAGUAAUGAGUCCUCAACGAAUGUUCCCUACCACACCUCUUAUAAAAUUAGGUGAUAAUCAUUUCGCAAAGGUCAAAGAAUUUCUUACUAGAUUUCCAGCAAUUCCAGAUCUUUUGGAAUUGGAUCAUUUAACAGUAUCUGGAGAUGUUACUUUUGGAAAAGGUGUAACUCUUAAAGGAACUGUUAUAAUUAUUGCAAAUCAUGGAGAGCGUAUUGAUCUUCCAUCAGGCACAAUUUUAGAAAAUAAAAUAGUCUCUGGGAAUUUACGUAUAUUGAAUCAUUAAAUAAUGAAAAAAAAAUUUUAUCUAUUGCACAGUAUAAAAA